AUGACGGACUUGACGCGCGCCGACCGAACUACGACCAAAGUAAACACUGCGGGCAUCCCCUCCGGCACCGACAACAACCACCGCUUCCGCCUUGCGCCGUAUUUCGACAUCCGGCGGGGCCCGCUGACACUACGACCGGAAGCAUCCGUUUUCUUUGUUAUAUUUUCUAUCGUUGCUGGGAAAACCACAAGGCGUGAGAAAACCAUGGAAGACGCCCAUCGGAAGAUCGAGCUCCAGUCCCAUGAGGACUUGGCGUACCUGCUCAACAACGUGCGACGCGCCGCACAAGACCAACUCGACAAAGCUUUCCCCCAGAUCGAGGGCAGCAACGCGCAGGAAGACGAGUUGCGUGCGCCUAUCGAGCGUCUUGUCAACGAGUACAUUGAUAAAACCUUUACCUACGCAGCUCCGAACCUCUCCAUUAAUGGCAUGGACACCAACCCCGCCGUCUUUCUCUCAAACACCCCGUCCAACGAGCCCGAAGAAGCCUAUGAGCCUUGGGACGCGCGUCUCCGCCAGCGGGUUGAGGAUCUUGCUCGCGAAGAGGAGGACCUGCUCAACGAGAUCGCGGCCCUGAAGAAGAGCGUCCCUGGAUCCGUAGCGGCUGCCACAACCCAAGCGUUUAAGAACUCGACCGCAGCAGACGAGGCGGCAAUUGAAGCCGCUAAAAAGGCGAGCGAGGACGACCUCAAGGCACGGGAUGCCGAGGUGCUUCCAUUAGAAGAGAUGGAGAGGCAGGGCGAGACGAAGGAGGCUUUUGGCACAGUGGUAGAAGGGUUAGGCAAGUUGAAGAAGGAUAUGCCUGCUACAGUUGCAAAAAUGGAGAGGGCAAGGGUUGCGGGAGAGUACACUGUUACGGAACGGUCAUAA